AAGUAUCAGAUGUCAACUGUGGAUGUCAACAAUCAAUAUCAAAAAUAAAAAUAUCUGGAGAAGUUAAACCAAAACAAACGUUAAAAUGGGAAUUGAAGACGAUGAUCCUUACGCUCAAGCGGCUGUUGGAAAAUUAAAAAUAAAAGGCGACAAUGGAAUCAAGAAAAAGAAAAAGAAGAAGGACAAGAAACAUCUGGAGAAACAGGUAUCGAAAGCUAUGGAAAGCAACAUCGAAACAACAGAACAUGUCCAACCAGCCAGAGUCACCAAGACAAAAGCAGAGCUUGCUUUCUUAAAGCAGCAAGAAAAAAUGCAAAGUCAAAGGAUACUGGAAAAAGCUUCAAUGACUCAUAAGGAACGGGUAGAGAAAUUCAAUCAGCAUUUGGACAACUUGACAGAACACUUUGAUAUACCUAAGGUAUCCUGGACUAAAUAAUAAGGCUCUAUUUUUAAGAUACAAAUAUAUAUUACACAAUAAAAUCUCAGAAAACUA